UGUCCGACCGACGGCCCGUUUCAGAUUCCUUUCCUUUCCUUGCUGUCGCGUUUUCUGCCCGAUUGUUCGCUCGCUCGGAUCCUUUUCCCUCGCCUUGCUGGAUUCGUCGUCACUUCACCUGCGCUCUCGCCUCGCCUCGCCACCUCGCCUUCAACUCGUGUAGCAUGAUGGUAGCUCCUCGCGUGAACUGUCUGGCGCUACGCAUUAGCACCCUGGCUGCGCCAGGCGGUCGUUCUUUACUGUCACGGCCGGUAUUGUCACGGCUCGUGUCAUCCGCGUGUCGGUGGAUUCACGCUGCUGAGUCCUCUAGAAUAAAGGCACGGAAUCUGCUAGAAAAGAGAGCAGCCUGCUCGUUGCGGCAACGGGGCUCCCAAGUUACUUUGCUGAAAUAGCUCAUUUCGGAAUCUAACCACCUCGACCAGAGUCACAAUCCUGAUGAUAGUAAGGGUUCUGAAUCUCUAGAGUCUAUAAGGACUGGCAACCCCAUCAUUGGCCAGCCUUAUUUUUAGACUUGUCAGAACUAUUCUCUUCUCAGUGUGAGAAUUCUCCUCGGCUUUGCUGCCAGUGAAGCAGCGUCUCGUGGAAACUCUCGUGGAAACUGACAGCGUUAUAUCCAUCCGGCCUGACUAAGGCUGCUUCUGGGGAAACGCCAGUGCGGGAAAUUGCACUGACUGACUCAGAGCGAAUUGCACUGAACUCGGGAGUUCGUGACUACUACUUCCACGAAUCAGUCGCCGGCGGUCGUGAUGCGUGCGCUGCAGCAGACCAUGCAAGGACGGCACAUGAUAGUGCAAGGCCGGCGGAAUGGGCGUCAACGCCCCUUGUGCCUUCUCCUUCACUUGCUUCUGAUUGCUGCAUGGUCUGCUGCAGUAGCAUCAGCAGCAGUGGCGGCAGCAGGAGCAGGCUCCCACAAAGAGGAGGCUGCUGAAACCAGUGCAUCUGGUGCGCCUGGUGGGUCUGGUGCGUCUGUCCAGGCGUCUGCUAGCCCUGCAUCAGGAGCCGCCGUUUCCAAGGGUUCAUCACUUAAAUCACCUGACAUCGCACUGUUCAACAAAUCGGCCAGGCUUUCUGGUUCUAGUAUAAGGGAUCAUCAUACCGGCGCAGGACAUUUCUCUAUUACUAAAGGAAAUCAUCAUACCGGCGCAGGGAAGUUGAAGCAACGGCCACGCAGGCUCCCAUGGGGAUUGGCGAGCCAGAUAGGUUCCCUCAGGAAAUGGCCACGUGGAUCCAGUCAAUGUACGUGCUCCACGUCAUCAUCACAACCGUUGCUGCGAUGGCUGCGUCCGCAUAAGACAAGGAGAGGCGAGGAGGGCUGUGGGAAGGGACGGAGGGGCAAGGGGAAGAGGAGCAAGGGGAAGAGGAGCAAGGGGAAGAGGAGCAAGGUGAAGAGGAGCAAGGGGAAGAGGAGCAAGGGGAAGAGGAGCAAGGGAAAGAGAAGCAGAUCGAAGAGAGGCAAGGUAGUGACUGGCUUAUUGAAGGCGAAGAAGCGUCUGUGCACCGCGGUGGGAUGUGCAAAUGAUGAAAGUCGGAGGAGGGAGGAGAGUAGGGGAAGGCGUGUGAGUAGGGCGUCAGGCAGACCCAAAUCUCCAGCGGAAACUCCACUGAAGCCACCUGCUCAAAUGACGCCUGGCCAGAAACCACCUGCUCCAAGAACGCCUGGUCAGAAACCACCUCCUUCAAAAACACCUGGACAAAAACCACCUGCUCCAAUGAUGCCUGGUCAGAAGCCACCUGCUUCAAAAGCACCUGGACAGAAAGCACCUGCUCCAGUAACACCUGGAUCAAGAUCACCUGCGAGUCCAGGUUCAUCUGGAGCACCAGCUGGCCGCCACGUCAGCAUGAAAUCGCAGCAAGGCUCACUGCAAACACCAGCAUCAGGCGACUCAUCUAUGGAACCAUCAGGCAAGCCUGUGAUCAACGCCACAUACAAGGCUGUAGCGCCGUCCCCGGCUGUAGCGCCAUCUCCUGCUGUAGCGCCAUCUCCUGCUGUAGCGCCAUCUCCUGCUGUAGCGCCAUCUCCUGCUGUAGCGCCAGCUAGUGGCGGUGUUGCUGAUUCCCCUAAUUCUUCCAGUGCGUUUGGUGCAGCUGGUGCUGCUGGCUCUGCUGGUUUCCCCAGCACAGCAGCAGCAUCUCCCUCUCCUCCCCCGGCUGCAGCGCAGCAGCCCAAGCCGAAGUACUUCUACGAGAUGGGCAAGAUCCGGGUGUCAGGCAUCCACACUGCUCUGACUCACUAUAAGACGAUCCUUUAUAUAGAUCGCACGGACGUCAGCAACACUUAUGCCAAGCUGCCAAACGGAAGAACGGCAUAUGCGGAGGAGUACAGCUUCGAAUCGAGGUCCCUCAGGGCUCUUGACGUCAAGUCCAAUGUCUUCUGCUCUGCAGGUGCCAUCGACCAAUACGGUCGGCUCAUCAGCAUCGGCGGCACGUCAGACGCCAACGCCACCAACCUGGCCGACCCUCUCCUCGACGGGGCUGCCUCCAUCCGCUCCUUCACUCCCUGCCCCCCUGCUGCUGCUGCUGCUGCUGCCAAUACUGCUGCCAAAAACAGCAGCAGCAGCAACAAUAGCUGCGAUUUCUCCCUGGUAGGAAGAUGACCUCCAAGCGCUGGUACCCCACGGCUCAGCUGCUUCCAGACGGGCGGGAUAUUCGUCAUUGGAGGCGCCAACGUCUUUGGCAAUGUGGCUAUCAAUUCCUUUCGAGACAACAACCCCACCUACGAAUUUUGGCCGAGGAAGGAAGCAGAAGGCAACUACAAGCUGCGCUUUCUGGAAGAAACUCUGCCCUACAACCUCUACCCAUUUGUGCACCUGCUGCCUUCUGGACACCUGUUCAUAUUUGCGGGGCAGCAGGCAAUUCUCCUCAACUACACCACAAACUCAGUUUAUCGCACGCUUCCCCCUCUGGACGUCUCUCGCUUCGGCCCAACCAACGCCAACAUCUUCCGUUCCUACCCCGUCACUGGCUCGUCCGCCAUGCUACAGCUCUCCUCAGG